CGAGAAUUGAAGGAGACGUGACGUGACGUGUGACAUUGACAGUACAGUUCAUCUGGAACUGGAAACUGGAAAUAUUUUCAAGUCAACGAAAAUGGCUGGUGCGCUGGCUAGAAUAAUAAAAGGCCCAAAUAUCCCAAAACCUUACUUGGGUAUUGUUGGGCCUGUUGUGAACAUCAAUAAUGUACCGGCGCGUUCUCAACAGACACAAGCUCCUACAAAGACGCAAUUUGGUGGACUGGCAGACUGCGACAGGGUCUUUACAAACCUUUACGGACGACAUGACUGGCGCUUGAAAGGCGCGCUUUGCCGCGGCGACUGGUAUAUGACUAAGGAGAUCCUUUUGAAGGGCACAGACUGGAUAGUCAAUGAAUUGAAGACAUCUGGUCUCCGUGGUCGUGGCGGCGCCGGUUUCCCCACGGGAAUGAAGUGGUCUUUCAUGAACAAACCUCCAGAUGGCCGCCCGAAGUACCUCGUAGUGAAUGCUGAUGAAGGAGAACCUGGUACUUGCAAGGACCGAGACAUCAUGAGGCAUGAUCCACAUAAGUUGGUGGAAGGCUGCCUGAUUGCAGGGCGCGCUAUGGGCGCUCAAGCGGCAUACAUUUACAUCAGAGGAGAGUUCUAUAAUGAGGCUAGCAAUCUUCAAGUAGCAAUUGCUGAGGCGUAUCAAGCGGGCUUGAUCGGCAAGAACGCUUGCGGUUCAGGCUACGACUUCGAUGUGUUUGUCCACCGCGGCGCCGGAGCCUACAUCUGCGGCGAGGAGACCGCCCUCAUUGAGUCCAUCGAGGGCAAGCAGGGCAAGCCGAGGUUGAAGCCUCCAUUCCCCGCUGACAUUGGCUUGUUCGGGUGCCCCACGACCGUUAAUAAUGUGGAGACUAUUGCAGUUUCUCCGACGAUCUGCCGUCGCGGAGGCGCGUGGUUCGCGUCGUUCGGCCGCGCGCGCAACUCGGGCACGAAGCUGUUCAACAUCUCGGGGCACGUGAACACGCCCUGCACUGUGGAGGAGGAGAUGAGCAUCCCGCUCAAGGAGCUCAUCGAGCGACACGCCGGCGGCGUCAUCGGCGGCUGGGACAACCUGCUGGCCAUCAUCCCCGGGGGCUCCUCCACGCCUUGCAUUCCUAAGGACGUAUGCUCAACAGUACUAAUGGAUUUCGAUGGACUAGUGGCUGCCCAAACAUCUCUAGGCACAGCCGCCAUCAUAGUGAUGGACCGGUCCACGGACAUCGUCAAGGCGAUCGCCAGACUGAUCAUGUUCUACAAACACGAGUCCUGUGGACAAUGCACCCCGUGCCGGGAAGGUGUCUCCUGGAUGAACAAGAUUAUGUACAGAUUCGUCGAAGGUAACGCUUCGCCUAAAGAAAUUGACAUGCUGUGGGAGAUCUCUAAACAAAUUGAAGGGCACACGAUCUGUGCGCUGGGCGACGGCGCGGCGUGGCCGGUGCAGGGCCUCAUCCGGCACUUCCGGCCCGAGCUCGAGCGCCGCAUGCGCGAGUACCAGCUCUGCCACGGGCCCAGCAAGGCUGAGAAACUAUACUAACCCCACUACACCCCACUGGAACAUUCGUGCUACGAUGGUCAAAAGACGUAAACUGCCAUGUUUUGGGGUUCAGAAAAACUGAAGAGCAAUUUUCAUUACUGUACCGGUUGAAAAAAUCACUGAUUUCGUCGAAAAACUCGCUUGUGAACAUCAAAUUUCACCGUGAAUCAAUGAUGCUAAAUCCAAACUUUUAAAACGUCAAACUUCCUUUUUAUCGAGUGUGUUGUUGCUAACACUAGUGUCAGAUUUUAUUCGAUUCGCCUAAAGGCAUCUGACGUUGCACACAUUGAUUUCACAUGGCAAAAUUCGACGUUUACACGUGAAGUUUUUAACAAAGCAAACUAUUCUGAUGUCACUAGUAUUGUAAUGAACAUUAAACCUAACGCAAACUUCCGACUAAAUGGAAAUGACGCGGACAUUAUUGCGGACAUUUUAAAUAAUGAUAUUAAAAUGAAAAUGCGGCGAGACGCAUCAUUUCAUCUUAUUGAUCGCGUUGAGAUGAUUAUUAUAAAGUCAUCGCUUUCCGGUAAGGUAGAUUUAAAAAAAACAAUCAACCAUAAACAAUUCAACAAAUUUCGCUGGUCUAUAUACUAAAUGUAUGCAUAAAUUCUAUGAAGCAAUAUCCAUCGCCGUCGAAACCUGUUACGAAUGUUACUAUAGUGAUUAGUCUGCAACAUUUUGUAUUUAAUUAAUAUAGCAAUCAUUUUAACUGUACAUUAUUUAUUAAACUUUUUUUAAUGAAAAUAUUUUUUUCUUUAUAACUGAUGCAAUUUAUAUAGAAUCAAUGAUUGUUUAGUAAAACAGGUUUACGUUUGUAUUGUAUAGAUAUCACAGAAGUAUAGUACACAAUAUUUUUUAAUAUGAUGCAACAAUGAAUAAUAUAUAACAUGUAAAAUACUUGUAAAAAGCAUAAUUAGGGACAUCGUGAAAGUGAGAUUAGGAUCAUCAAAUUACACCACAAUCGAGUUAUCAAAUUCUCAUGUCAUAUAUUUCGUGUAAAACACUACUUGUCUAAUACAAUAUUAGCAGCAAUCUCGACUCGAUGGAUUCCAAGAAACGGUAAAAGAGAUCAAACAUGUACAUUGCACAUUAUUGUUUGAUAAAACGAAUUUGUUCAGUUCUUUUCAGAAUUUAUAUCGAAGUCGAAGUAUGGUAAGAGAAAUAGCAUUUUUUUUAAUUUCAAAGAGACUAUUCUAACUUGGUAUUUCACGAGAAUCACGAGAAAACAUACAUGUUCUAUGAACCUUUGUAUGGCUAAUUAUAAAUUUUCAACAGACCUAUCAUCAUGCUAAGAAAUCGAGCAACUUUUGAGGAAAUUAACAUCAUCUCGUACGAUAUUCUGACCUUGGGGGAAAUACGUAUUAUUUUUGUGAUUAAAAUAGUGAUAUGUAAAAUUUUACCGCGCAUUGCUAAUGACCAUUAAACGGAUACGGGUGAUUACGCCGUGUUACUAGAUAAUUUUGUAUAAAAUUGUGUUAGAAAUAAAUAGUGUAAAUGAA